AUGUGUCCAGGAAAGCAUGCCGUUGAGUCCUGGGACGAGUCUUGGACAUAUCACGAGCUCGAGAGAAUAUCGCAGUCUCUUGCCCUGCACCUGCGUGAGGCGGAUGUUGAGUGUGGCGAUGCGGUCCUGCUACUGACAGAAAAGUCAGCUUGGGCAGUUGCGUCAAUAACAGCAAUACUUAUGGCCGGUGCCGUGUGCGUGCCUGUCGAUAUCCGUCAGCCACGAGAAAGAUUACAACAAAUUGUCGAAUGUAGCUCUGCCAAGUUCAUCUUGAUAAGUGAAUCUGAGGCCAUGAAACGAGUCGAGUGGGGUGUGAUGAAGUCACUUCAGAUCAUCCGUAUUCCCGCUUCUCUCUCGGCCUUGCGCCCAACGACAAAAGCUCAGCUACCUGUUAUCCUCCCAGGUAUGACUGCUUUCAACUUCUUCACCAGUGGGAGCACUGGCGUACCAAAAUGUGUUGCUCAGUCACAUCAGGCACUUGCCAUGACUGCGAAGCAAAUCACAACAGCAAUGCAGAUGGAAGAAAGCUCCACAACAUUCCAGUACUCGUCAUACAGUUUCGACGUCAGCAUCGGCGAUAUCUUUGCCACUUUUUCUGCAGGCGGAUGCUUGUUUGUUCCUUCAGAACAGCAACGCCUUGAUGAGCUUUCGAAUGUGCUCAACACAUCCCGAGCGUCUCACAUUUGUAUCACUUCAACGGUGCUCGCCAAUCUCGUACCUGAAGAAGUCCCCCUUUUAUCUAAGAUUGUGGUUGGAGGAGAAUCACCCACCAAAGAGCAGCUAAAUGCAUGGUAUCCACGCAUCUCUACGAUAUAUGGCACCACCGAGUCGGUCAUCUGGGACACAUAUCAUGCACGUCACUCUCCAGACUCGUCGCCAACGAACAUUGGGCGGGCUAUGGGAUCUACAACGACGUGGAUCGCUGAUAUCUACACUGCUACCAGGCUGGUACCGAUCGGAGCGGUGGGCGAACUCCUCAUAGGCGGGCCUCAACUGUCACAAGGCUACCUCAAUGGCGAUAGGAAAGCCGACGAGGCUUUCCUCGAGAAGCCUUCCUGGUUGGAGGAAUUUCUGGAAGCUGACGAGCCCGGGCGCUUGUAUCGCACUGGUGACUUGGUCCAAUACGAUGCGAAUGGAGACCUCCACUACCUGGGCAGAAAAGACCGACAAAUCAAGCUUUCUGGCCAGCGCGUCGAGCUUGGAGACAUAGAGUUCGCUCUGCGGCAAAGUCUACAGGAGGGGACACUUUGCGCAGCGGAGAUUGUUCGUCCUGAUAUCUAUCAAGGCCGAGAGAUGCUGGCUGCCUUCAUUGCCGUAAAUGAUUCCGACUUGGAAAUGUCCUUGCAAAGAUCUCGAAGCAAACUAGCGGCGAUGCUUCCAAUGUAUAUGAUCCCAUCGCUUUUCAUUCCACUUUCCGGCGGAAUACCAGUCACGCCAACGGGAAAGGUAGACCGCGCCGAGCUCCGUCGAAUAGGCUCGAGCCUCUCACAAGCACAGUUACUGGGCUACAAUGACGGACGCGGAGCUGAUGCGAACCCGGCUACCAAGAAUGAGAGAGUUCUUUUUCGCAUCCUACAAGAGACACUUGAUCUACAAGCUGAUCUGGCAGACAUGAACACGAACUUUUUCCAACUCGGUGGCACUUCGAUCUACGCCAUAAAAGUUGUUGCCCUGGCCCGCAAGCUAGGCUUCAGUCUUUCCGUGAUGGACAUGUUUGAGAAUCCUUGCCUACGAGACAUGGCCGCUGCCUUGAGACCAAUUGACAGAACAUCGAACGGGCAAUCUGCAACCACUGCAGCCCCAUUUUCUUUGCUUGGACAGAGCAUUGACAAGGUUAGGGCCCGAGAAGUUGCUGCUUUCCAUUGUGGCGUAGAGCCAUCCCAAGUGCAGGACCUCUUUCCUUGCAGCGCUUUUCAACAAGGGUUACUGGCACUGUCCCUCAAGAAUGAUGGCGACUAUAUCCAACAAGCUGUAAUGGAGCUGCCCUCCGGAGUGGACGCAGAAACAUUCCGUGCGGCAUAUGAGCGUACUGCAAAGCGAAUAGACCUGCUGCGUUGUCGAGCAAUCGUCUUGCCACAUGGCGAUCACAACGUGCACCUGGCAGUAAUUGAUGAGCCCCAGCAAUGGUUCACUGGAGAUGAUCUGGAACAGUCUUGCGCAUCUGACCAUCAUGAUGUAAGCUCGCGCGGUAUGGGUGAGCGGCUGGUACAAUGCACAGUAAUUGAGCAACCUGAGGGUAGACCAUACUUUGUCUGGACACUGCAUCAUGCGCUCUUCGAUGGAUGGUCGAUGUCUAUCAUGAUGAACGAGAUUCACAAUCAGCUCUCUGGUCAUACGGAAUCACCUCUUGUUCCAUUCCASAAUUUUCUACGCUAUGUGCAAAACGAAGUKGACGAACAAGCUUGCAGCCGCUUCUGGCGGAGCAACCUAGAUGGCGCUGGUCAUCUGCAAUUUCCCCAUGCUGUGUCCGCAUCCCGUCGGUCACAUGGAGGCAAACGCAGUAGCCUGCGUCGCGCGAUUGGCGGUCUGAAAUGGCCCAAGACCGGAGUCACUCCGUCAGCUAUCAUACAAGGUGCCUGGAGCCUGCUUCUCGCGAGGCAAACCUCUACCUACGAUGUCGUUUUCGGAAGCACGGUAAUCGGUAGACACGCAGCCAUGCCCGGUGUUGAGCAUGUUACUGGCCCUGUGAUAGCAACCAUUCCACGUCGAAUUCGCGUGGAUCCUGAACAAAAGAUCUCGAAGUAUUUGAUGAACCUUCAGCUGGACACUGCUCGGACGGUACCAUAUGAACAGCUGGGGWUGGCAAAGAUUGCACGAGUGAGUGACGAUGCACAAAGAGCUUGCGAGUUCCAGACACUGCUCGUCGUACAACCACCAGAUGAGGCCACAGAUCUUGCUUCAGACAUUUCGGAGCGAGGCCGCUGGGAAGUGUCAGGCGCUGUGAAUACCUAUGCGCUGAUGCUUCAGUGCUGGUUGAAGCAUUCGGGAUCUGUCGAGUUUGAGAUGGAGUUUGACGAGACAGUGACGGAUCUUGUGGAAUGUGAGAGGCUACUUACACAGCUUGAAUGGAUUGUGCAGCAGCUUUGUACCGAUUCUGAUAACACGGGAAAAGUGGACGAUGUAUUGCACGGCAAUCAUGCAGACCUGGCUCUGCUUACGAGCUGGAACGAAAAGGUGCGAUGUAAACCGACUCCAUCUAUUCUGGCAAUGAUCCAAAGACAGGUCAUCAACGUCCCGGAUCGCCUCGCUGUUGAAGCCUGGGAUGGCUCAGUAACGUAUGAGCAACUGUGGACCUCUACAGAUCAACUUGCUCAGCAGCUACAUGUGGACACCGAGAAGCCGAGGGUCAUCAUCUGUCUCGACAAGUCGUAUCUUGCUGUGAUAGCUUCGAUAGCAGUCUUGAAAGCUGGAGGCGUCUGCGUCUUUAUGGAACCUGGGUCACCACGCACACGGCAGAAGGCCAUCAUCGAAAUUUCUCAGGCGAGCUUUGCCAUUACAGACCAACGUAACUCCAGGUUGCUGAGUCAAUGGAUAGCUACGACUGUGUUACCAUGUGGCACUGAAACGUCCGCAAACGCGGCUGUCGGCCGUGUCAUCCAAUACCAAGCACCUACAGCAGAGGCCUGCUUAUACUUCACAUCUGGCAGCACGGGUAUUCCCAAGGCUGUGUCCUGGGAUCACACAGCUAUCUCAACGACUGCUGUAGGGCUAGGAGAACGGUUUUGCUUUUCGCAAAACAGCCGUGUGUACCAAUUCUGCUCUUACGUCUUUGACGUAAGCUUCCACGAGACUUUGGCUACUCUGAUCAACGGCGGCUGCUUAUGUGUGCCUUCGGACCAGUCCCGACAUGAUAUGCUACAGUCAUCUAUCGCCGCAUUCAACGCCAACACAAUCACCUUGACUCCCUCCGUAGCUCAGCUCCUCGAGCCUGGGCAUUUGCAAUGUCUAGAGACUGUGAUUUUAGCUGGGGAGCCCAUACCGCCACAACUCGCUAGAAGAUGGCAGGAGCACGUGGUGCUCUAUAACUGGUACGGCCCAACCGAGUGCUCGUUGGCCGCCACCUGUCGUGUGGGAACCACUUGGCAAUCUGGAAAUGUAGGAUCUGGCACUACUACAAUGACGUGGAUCGUCCAUCCCGAAGAUCACGAUAUACUGCAGCCGAUUGGGGCCGUUGGCGAAUUACUCCUACAAGGGCCCUGUGUUGCGACCGGGUAUGCUGACGACCCGGAGCGGACUGCACAAUCGUUCGUUGAACCGCCUCAAUGGUCGCAACGCUGCCAGGUAGCUGCGACCGGAGGUCUGCUAUACAAAACAGGUGAUCUCGCAAGGUAUGCCAGUGAUGGCUCGAUCAUCAUACUCGGUCGGAAGGACACGCAAGUGAAAAUCCGUGGUCAGAGAGUCGAGCUAGGCGAGGUUGAAGUCCAAGUCCAGGCUGUUCUCCCACAUAAUACAGCUGUUGCAGUGGAAAUGGUCAGAGCAAAGGGAUCUUACGAGAACCCGGUGUUGGUGGCAUUCAUCCAGUUGCAUGAGCCUGAUCGUUCGGUGAAGGAAGGGACACGUCCCGCCUCAUCAGAAUGGACUGAAGCUACCAAAGCGCAACUGUCUGACGCCCUACCUCGGCACAUGGUUCCCAAUAUCUUCUUUUUUGUACAGAGCUUCCCCUACACAGCUACUGGCAAGCUAGAUCGCCGCAAACUGUCAGAGCUCGGGGCUUCGUCACUCAGUAAACAGCUCAGCGAAGAGACCGUUAUCCAUCAAGAAGCAUGGCAGCCAACGUCGGAAGCAGAAGCUAUACUUGGUCAGUCUUGGAUGGAGGUCCUCGGUGUUUCACAAGAGAAACUUGCCCAGAAUGCGCAUUUCGUUCGAUUGGGAGGGAACUCGAUCGAUGCUAUGCGGUUAGCUUCCGCCGUCACGACAUCUGGCUACUCACUCUCCGUUCGAGAUAUCCUCACCAGUCCCCUUCUAGCCAACCAGGCAGCUGAAAUGCAACUGCAGUCAUCCAAGGCAGGCUAUUGUCCAACGACGCCGUUUUCUCUGCUGGACGAGACCAUGACUGAGAUGCAAGCUCGGCACAGUGCCGCGUCUCAGUGUGAUGUGCGGCCUGAUCAGAUCGAGGACGUAUUGCCAUGCACUGCUCUCCAAACAGCACUACUUGCCCAGACAUCUAGAAGCUCCGGAGAUUACAUCUGCCGAUAUGUCUAUGAUAUUGAAGUGCCGUUGGAUCUUUUCAAGGCUGCCUGGGAGGCGGUAGUGGCUGAAAACCCAAUACUACGCACCCGAAUCGUUGACCUGAUGACGGGAAACUUGUAUCAGGCUGUUAUCGAUAAAGAUCUGUUGUGGAAUGAUGGAUGCCAGACCGUGGAUGAUUACAUCCAUGGCGAUCAGGGGCUUACCAUGGACAUAGGCAUUCCACUGGUACGGUGGGGCAUUGUUGCAAGCGAUCCGAGUUCAUCGUUCAAUUUCAUCUGGACGAUACAUCACUCUCUCUUUGACGGCUGGUCUUUGCAAGCCAUUUUGAAACAGGUGGACCAGGCGUAUGCAGGCCAAUCGCUUGGACCAGUUGCUCCCUUUCGCGACUUCGUGAGAUACGUGGCGAGGUCUAACAAGUCAACCGCUGCCAAAGCAUUCUGGGAGCGCAAGCUAGACGGUGCUGCAGCUCCGCAGUUUCCUAUACUGCCUAGUAUGCGCCAUCGACCCCGUGCGACCAGCACGACCGAGGGACGCAUGUCUUUGCCCCUUCCAUCCGUUCGAGAAGACGGAAAUAACGUUACAUUGAACACCAUCAUUCGCGUUGCGUGGGCAUUAGUUCUUGCACGGUACUCGCAGUCUGCUGAUGUUGUGUUUGGCGCUACCGUGCUUGGUCGCCAAGCGGAUGUGCCCGGUAUAUGCGACAUGGUCGGUCCAACAAUCGCCACGGUCCCCGUCCGGAUUCGUUGGUCCGACAGUGAUACCGUGCAGAGCGUGCUAUCGGCCGCCCAGCUGGAUUCAAUCGAGACGACUCCCUAUGAGCAGGUCGGGCUUCAGUGGAUUCGUCAGCUCUCUCCCAGCGCUGGAGAAGCAUGUAAAUUUCAGUCCACGCUGAUUGUACAACCGCCUCGCCAAGAAACGCCAUCUCCCCAAGAAGGUCAUUCGCUUUUCGACAACUUCACAGGAGAAGAGAGCUACGGCACAUUCAGCAGUACUGCAUUGAUGCUCCGUUGCGCACCUCCAUCCGAGAAGGACAUGAGUGACAUUCGUGUCAACCUAGACUACGAUCCACAGGUGGUCAAUGAAGCGCAGGCCCAACGAUUACUGCRCCAGAUGGAACACACCCUUCGCGAAAUGUCAUCCUCGUCCCCAACAACAAGAAUAGGCCAACUCAAGUUGCUCAGCGACGCUGAUCAGCAUCAACUCCUCCGGUGGAACGACAAACUACCAGAGGGAGUGGAAGCGACGGUGAAUCAACUCUUCCAUGACGUUGUCCAGAAAUACCCGACUACUCAGGCAGUUCAUGCCUGGGACGCAGAUCUGACAUAUGAACAGCUGGACUCGUACUCAAAUGAUGUUGCGAACCAUCUGGCGUCACUUGAACUAAGUUCCAAGCAAAUGGUGCCCCUUUACUUUGAGAAAUCUGCUUGGACUAUCGUAGCCAUCUUUGGCGUCAUCAAGGCAGGAGGCACAGUAGUACUACUAGAGCCUAGCCAACCUGAUCAUCGACUGCAGAUGAUUUUGAAACUCAUCGAUGCAAAACUGAUAGUAACGUCUGCGCGGAAUCACCAUGCUGCCUCACUGCUUGCGCCCACUCUCGACAUUUUUGUAGUCAGCGCUUGCAGUUCCAUCUCACCAGGUCCCACGAAGAUGAGCUGUCGGCCUGAGGUCCAGCCUUGCUGGCCGGUAUACGUGGUGUUCACAUCAGGUAGCACAGGAGUGCCAAAGGGUGUUGUGAUCACGCAUGGGAACGUAUGCAGCGCUCGGAAGCACAGACAGCCGAUGCUUCCGUACAAGCCUGGUGAUCGGGUUCUGGACGGCGUCUCUUAUGCCUUUGAUGUCAGCUGGGGCAACAUUCUGUUCACGCUUUGCUCCGGUGCCUGCCUCUGUGUGCCUUCUGCUGCCGACGAUUUGGAUACAUCUCUCCGCCGAUAUCAAGUCACCAUCGCUGGAAUAGUGCCAAGUGUCGCCCGCCUGCUUCGUAUCGAUGAUUAUCCAGCCCUCAAGGCCAUUACUCUCGGAGGAGAGUCUUCCCACGCGGGAGAUGUCAGGCAGUGGGAGCAAAAAGUGAAAAUGUUCAACUCGUAUGGACCAGCUGAAUGUACAGUGUCCGUCGGCCUUGCUCUAUUGAAUGGAGACGAUAGAGUACACAUUGGCCGUGGCAUGGGUUCCAGACUCUGGAUCGUUGACGAUACACAAAAUUGUCUUGCGAGCAUUGGCGCUGUCGGUGAAUUGUGGCUCGAGGGCCCGCAGGUUGGAUUGGGCUAUCUCAACGACGCCAGAACAAGCGCCGCCGCCUUCCAUGACGGAAAGCCCAUAUGGAUGCCAUCUUCAGCGGCUGACUCGUAUCAGAUUACCGAAUCAUCGCGGUUCUAUCGGACAGGAGAUCUCGCGCAGCACUUACCGGACGGUAUGAUUCGAGUUGUUGGCCGCCGGGACACACAAGCAAAAUUGCGCGGACAAAGAAUCGAGCUUGGCGAGGUGGAGCAGUUUGCGAAAAGAUAUCUCCCCGAGGGCACUGCAACUGCUGCCGAGGUCGUCUGUUCACAUACGGCUCCAGACCGACAGUUUCUCGUCGCAUUCGUGGCUCCGGAUCCUUGGAAUGGCCUUACCCCUGACGAAACGCUUGAUCGGCAAGCUGAGCUACGGGCCAAUAUAGCUGCGCAAUUACCCUCCUUUAUGUGCCCAUCAGCGUACAUUGGCCUUCCAAGUCUACCAUGUCUCGUGUCAGGGAAGGUGGAUCGAGGUCAGCUGCGAAAACUUGGCUCUGCGUUAUCUGUCGAGGAUUUGACCAGGUCCAUGCUUCAGCGCUCGACUUCAGAACGGUCGCUUGUUCUUCCUUCAAACGAGCGGGAAGAGAAGCUUCGUGAGCUAUGGGCUGCCACUCUCCGACUAUCAGAGCGGACCAUUUCUGUUGAAGAUAGUUUUCUCCAGCUUCAAGGCGGCGAUUCAAUCAGUGUCAUGCGCUUAGUCCGCCUCGGGCAGGAGCGCAGUAUGCACUUUAGCGUGGCGGAUGUCUUUACUUACCCAAAGUUGCGUGAUCUCGCGCAGAAGGUCACUUCUGGAGAAGCUGUGCCUGAGAUGAUAUUGCCGUUCUCACUUUCUACUGCACGUUGGACGGUAGAACGUCUUCGGAGCGAGGCUGCAACGAGAUGUGGUGUGAGAAUGGAGCAAGUUCAAGACAUCUUUCCCUCCACCGCACUCCAARAGGGACUACUGGCAGUCUCAUCAAGAAGCUCGACUAUGUAUGUAUCUCGGCAGGUCUAUGAGCUGCAUGAGAGUACAGAUCCAUCUCGCUUACGGGCGGCCUGGGAUAGGAUUGUUGCAUUGCUGCCAAUUCUGCGCACGCGAGUGGUCGACCUUCAUCCUCAUGGUCUUCAUCAAGUUGUUGUGGAUGAGCCCAUUACAUGGGGGGAGGAGGAGGAGGGUCAGAACUCAUAUGGUCUUGGAGAUCGGCUGGCACAUUGGACUCUGAUCGACGACUCUCACUCAAGGCGCCUUAUCUGGAACAUUCACCAUGCAUUGUACGAUGCUCCGACUAUCCUCUACAUCCUGGAGCAUGUAGAACGAGCAUACUACGGUGAGAGUUUCCAGCCACAUCUGCCAUUGCAGCCGUUUGUGAGAUACCUCUCUACGAUUGACGCAGAAGCCUGUCGGAAGUUUUGGAAGUCGCAACUCUUGGAAGUCCCAGACCCAUCAUUCCCGGUGCUUCCUUCUGGUUCACACACUGCAAAGGCUGACCAAAGCUGUGCAUGUAUUAUUCCCGAUUUCGAAUGGCCAACUACCAUCAACGUCACUCCCAGCACGUGGGUACGUGUCGCAUGGGCUAUUUUGGUCGGUAAGCUCGCCAACUCCGACGAUGUCACCUUUGGAGCCACUGUUUCUGGUCGACAAAUACCUUUGGUCGGCAUCCAGGAUGUCGUUGGGCCGACAAUAUCAACAGUCCCAAUCCGUGUAGCUCUGAACUGGACCACAAGCAUAGCCGAUUUCGCUUCCCAGCUUCAGAAUCAGGCAACAAGUAUGAUGGAGUUUGAGCAGAUUGGGCUGCAUCACCUUCGCCAAAUUAAUCAAGACACAAAGCGAGGCACUCAGUUCAAGACCCUUCUGGACAUUCAGGCUGCCAAGGCCCAGCAAAUUCCCUCCCGACUAUGGACUCGCAAAGAUGGCGAGGCUCAGGGACGAUUCGAUGACUUCCCCUUGAUCAUUGAUUGCGAGCUUGGAAAAACCAACAUCUCGAUCAGCAUGAAUUACGAUCCCAGCAUCUUGACAGCAAGGCAAGCGGAGCGCCUCAUGCACCAGUUUCAGGCAAUCCUACUGCAACUAGAUGGGAGAUCGCUGGAUUUCAACAAGUCGAUCGUAGACCUGGAAGCCACAAGCCAAGAAGAUAUUGCAGAAAUAUGGCACUGGAAUGCCACAGUUCCGGAAGAGAUCUUUGCUAGUGUGCAUGAGACGAUACAGAGUCACGUGCAGUCCCAUCCUCACGGAUUGGCCGUAGACUCCUGGGACGGGCAAUUAAGCUAUAAGAUCUUGGACCGGUAUAGCACAAUUCUCGCCUCACAUCUUCAACAAGACCAUGCUCAUGAGCUACAACCGGGUACAGUCGUUGCUUUGUGCUUCGAAAAGUCUAUGUGGACUGUCGUAGCUGCAUUGGCUGUAAUGAAAGUAGGAGCCGGGUUCACAUUAAUGGACUCGAGUCAACCGGAGGAGAGACUUCGAACCAUCGCCAGCCAGGUCAACAAAGCCGUUAUCCUGUCCUCCUCGAUUAACGAAAACUUGGCAAGCAGACUGGCCGAGCAGGUAAUUGUCGUCGACAGUGACAAUCUUCUGAAGUGGUCAUCGCCUCGGACGUUGAACAUUCAUGGCUCACCGGCUUCAAUUCUCUACGUAGUCUUCACUUCAGGAUCUACUGGCACGCCCAAAGGUGCCAUGAUCACUCACGCCAAUUUCUCCAGCGCAUUCAAGCACCAAGCUGCUUUCCUCGGGUACAACGAAGAGACACGCGUGUACGAUUUUGCUUCGUACAGCUUCGAUAUCGCAUUGUCCAAUAUGCUUCAUUGCCUCAUGGCUGGAGGGUGCUUGUGYAUUCCGAGCGAUUCACAAAGGAGGUCUAGCCAGCUAGCGGAAUCUAUGCGGCAGAUGCAGGUAAACCUCGUCGAUCUMACACCUUCGGUCGCCCGUACGCUUGAUCCAAAGGACAUUCCAAGUCUCAAAACCCUGGCCCUUGGCGGCGAGUCUGCUCUCAGAUCUGACAUUCAAAAGUGGGCACCCUAUGUCAGGGUACUGAAUGGUAUUGGCCAGGCCGAGUGCACAGUCACGACAACCAUGGGUGUGAUGGAUCCUACCGUUCAAGGAGCUCCAAGUCUUGGCAGAUCACUGGGUACAAACACAUGGAUUGUCAAUCCUCAAGACCACCAGAGGCUUUCUGCGAUUGGCGCCGUGGGCGAGCUUCUCGUCGAAGGGCCGCUAGUGGGUAUAGGCUAUCUAAAUGACGAGACCAAGACAUCGGCAAGCUUCAUUCGCAACCCUCGCUGGCUUUCUGAUGCCUCCAUCGCCGGCACAAAAGCUCGCUCAGCCCGCAUGUACAAGACAGGCGAUCUGGUUCGAUACAACACAUCUGGAGAACUACUCUUCGUCGGAAGAAAAGAUGCUCAGACGAAGAUAAGAGGCCAGCGGAUCGAAUUGGAAGAAGUGGAGUAUCAUGUUCAUCGCUCACUCAAGCACUGGGCUCCGCAGGCGAAAAUAGUCGCCGAAUCAGCAUCUCUGAGUAGUGCGUCAAUCACCAGUCAAGUCCUAAUAGCCUUUGUGUGCAUCAGCAAUGAUGGCGACUCUGCCGGUUCCGAGAAUAGGCUCCGGAUCAUGAGCGCAAGCACUUUUCCUGUGGAGCAUCGACUGAAAGUACACGCACAAUUGGAACAUGAGCUACCUUCGGCCAUGAUUCCCUUUGUCUACGUACCCGUAAGCCAUAUUCCUCUCGCACCAACAGGCAAGGCAGACCGCAGGAGGCUCAAGGCUUUAGCAGCUUCACUCAGCGCGGAUGACUUGGGACAAUUAAGGGGCGUCGAGCGAGGACCGAAGCGGGAUCCUACAACCGCCACCGAGAGAGAACUCGUCGAUCUAUGGGCUGAGAUUCUCAACAUACCGACGGAGAAUAUCGGAAUAGGCGACAAUUUCGUUCAACUGGGCGGUGACUCCAUUUCUGCCAUGCGUCUGACAUCUCUCGCUAAGAGGAAGAUGUUAAAACUCGACAUCGCUAUUCUUUUGAGUCCUACAUCGUCCUUGUCAGACGUGGCAGAAGCAGCAGCAAAGAAGCCCGUUCUGGAAGCGACACCUGCUGGUCUGCCGCCCUUCGCUCAGCUGGCUACCGAUGAUGUCGAGGGUUUCUGCCUGUCUCACAUCCGGCCUCAUCUUCACCACGACACGGCCGAGAUCGAGGAUGCAUACCCAGUCACCGAAUUCCAAAAAACUUGCAUUACGGCAGCUCUACAAGAAAAGCCAAUGUUCUGGAACUACUUCUACUGCGAUAUCAAUGCGACACACAUGACUGCUUCCAAGAUCGAAGAUGCGUGUCGGGCUGUGGCUAUGCAUUUUCCCAUUCUGCGUACCGUCUUCGUACCUUUUGAUGACUCGUAUCUUCAAAUCGUUAUGAAGGACUGGCUCCCAGAGAUUGUGAACCUUGACUGCGAUGUUGAUGAGAUGGAGAAAGUCUGCUUUGAAGACUGGCGGAGCUGUCAUGUCAAGCUGGGAACUCAUUUCGUUCGAUUGAUGUUCUUACAGCAAAAGGACAGCAGUACGAGACUGAUUCUACGCCUGUCUCAUGCUCUAUACGAUGGGAUGAGUCUCUCCCUGCUGCUAGAGGGUCUCGCUGCAGCAAUUGACAAUCGCCCUCUACCCGCAACUGGAUCCUUCGCCUCGUUCAUCAACCAUACCGUACCCAAGAGCAACGACAGCAUUCGGUACUGGAGCCACCUCCUAUCUGAAUCAUCAAUUACGCAGUUCCCUCCAACAUCCCACACCUUCAGCGCCGGUAAUCCUUACACAGUCCGAAAUCGAGCAAGUUGGAAAACCGCUCUACCAAGUGGCAUCACGCCAGCAACUUUCUGCACAUCCUGCUGGGCAGCAGUCAUAGCUACAAAUACCCAAAACCACGACAUUGUGAUUGGACGUCUCGUGUCCGGCCAAGGAAGCGUCGUAGACUCAAUUCCAGAAGCCAUUGCUGGCCCCUGUCUCAACGUGGUGCCCCUUCGAGCCACAUGGCCCGCGCAAUCGAAUCACAACAAUGUUGAGAAUUUCGCUCCUCCGCGAGACGUCGUCUCGAGUAUUCAGAACCAACAGCUUCAAGGUCUGCCUCAUGAAGCCACGGGACUGACCCAAAUCACCGCUUCUUGCACAGACUGGCCACGUGAUACAAAAUUUGAUUCCGUCUUCCAAUUCCAGAAUAUCGACGAAGAGACUGAAAUACGGCUUUCCGGAGGCACGUCCAUUCGUUUCGAUGUCUUGCCGAUGGAGUUCCGCCCGGAGCAAAUUUGGGUUCUGGUCAAACCUUUGGGUCAGCAGCAGGAAGUUGAGGUUGUUUUGUUUGGUCAUACGGGGAUUAUGAUGGAGAGUGAAGCGAUGAAGCUUGUUGAUCAGCUUUGCGAGUUGAUUGGAAGAGGACUCGAGUGA